CCCAAACUCCUCAGGCGACGCCUGCAAUUUCUCCCCUUCGCUGCUGCUUCUGCUUCUCCUUUGCCCUCUGCCAUGGCUCUCCGCUCGCGGCAUCCUUCCUCCUCUCCCGUCGCCCCUUCGCUCCGCUUCCCGGUCCCCCUCCUCUCCUCCGUCCUCCUCUUCCUCCUCCCCGCUCUCGGCAGCUGCCUCUUCUUCUCGCCAUCCUCCGGCCAUCUGGCGCCUUACGACGCGCUCUACGCCGACGGGGUGCGCGCCUACUUCGCCCAGGACUGGCCUCGGGCGGCCGAGCUGCUGCAGCGCUGCCUGCACAGCUACUCUCGGCUGCAGGGCGUGCGCCGGGAGUGCCAGGGCGCGUGCCAGUCCCAGGCCGGCUUCGCGGCGGGCCGCCCGCCUUCGCGGCCCUGGGAGACGGGCUUCUUCGACCGGGUGCUGCAGCGGGCCGAGUGCCUGGAUGAGUGCCUGGGGCGCCGGCUGGGCGGGCAGCCGUCCCUCCACCGGGCCAGCGCGCAGAUCCGGCAGGACUUCGAGGAGAGGGAGCCCUACAACUACCUGCAAAUCGCCUUCUUCAAGCUAAAGAAACUCGAUGAAGCCGUUUCCUCAGCUCACACGUUCUUCGUGGCCAAUCCACAGCACCUACAAAUGCGCGAGGACAUGGAGAAAUACCGGCGCAUGGCAGGGGUGAAAGCGGAAAGCUUUCGGGAUCUUGAAGCCAUGCCACACUGGGUGGCCUACGAAGCUGGAAUUCAACAUUACAAGACGGAUGACUACCAGCAGGCGGUGACAAAGCUGGAGGAAUCGCUCAAAGAAGGGCUGCUGGCGCUGGAGGACUGCAGAGCCCUUUGCGAAGGGCCUCAGGAGGAUGAGGAAAAGGAGGAAGAGACGCAGCUUGGCCUCUACGAAGCCAUUGCAGCUCACUACAUCCAGGUCCUAAAGUGCAGGCAGAAGUGUGUCCUUGACAUUGCCACCAAGCCCGGGAGGGUGUCUUCCACAGAAGACUUUAUCCCGUCUCAUUUUGAUUUGCUGCAGUUUGCCUAUGAAAGAACUGGGAAUCGGGCCCUUGCUGCUGAAUGUGCAGCUACCUAUUUGCAGUUCUAUCCAUCAGACGGGGCAUUGCUGGACAAAGUGAAGCAAUACCAAGCAGAACUGGGAGAUGUGCCUGUUGCAGCCAGAGAGAAUAUCCGCCACUAUGUGGAGAGGUCUCUUAUGGAGAAGAAACUCAUUUACUAUGCAGUGGAGCACCUUGGGGAAACUUUUAAUGACCCUGAUUCGUGGACUCCUGAGGAAUUGAUUCCUGAAAACAUGAAGGAAAAACACAAAGAAGAUCAAGAGAAACAAAGGCUGAAAGCCCCAGAUAUGGGACAGCAGGAGCUGAGGGAACCACUUGCUUUCGAGGGCAUCACCAUCACCAUGGACUCCCAGCAGCUCAAUGGCUCCCAGAGAGUUGUCUUGGACAGAGUCCUGACUGAAUCUGAAUGCAAAGACAUCCUCCGCCUGGCCAAGGCAGCUGGAGGAACAGAAGGCGGCUACCGUGGCAGGCGUUCGCCGCACACUCCCCAUGAGAAAUUUGAAGGAUUAACCGUGUUAAAGGCUCUGCAGUUGGCUGAGGAUAGCACUGUGAACUGGAGGGAUGCUAAGCUUCUCUUGCAAGCCAGUGAGAAAUCCCGAAAAAUUGUGGAAUCCUAUUUCACCCCUGGCAAAGACCUCUAUUUUUCAUUCACGCAUCUUGUGUGUCGCACGGCUGCAGAGGGAGAGCAGGAAAGUCGUAUGGACCUCAGUCACCCAGUUCAUGCUGACAAUUGUCUCUUGGACCCAGAGGGCAGCACGUGUUGGCGGGAGCCUCCUGCCUACAUAUACAGAGACUACAGUGCAAUCCUCUACCUGAAUGAUGACUUCCAGGGGGGGAACCUCUUUUUCACUGAGAUGGAUGCUGUGACUGUUACGGCCGAGGUGCGCCCUAAAUGUGGAAGGCUGGUGGCCUUCAGCUCGGGAGGGGAGAACCCUCACGGCGUGUGGGCUGUGACCCGUGGGAGGCGCUGUGCCAUUGCCCUCUGGUACACCCUCUUUCCAGAGCACGCGGAGCAGGAACGGGCCCGGGCAGAAGAGCUGAUGAGGCAGAAGGAGGCAGAACAGGAGCAGUCGCAUUCAGAGGAGGAGGAGCAUGCAGGUGCUGAACCCAGUGGUGGAGACUCCCCAGAGCCCCCGACUCCAAAGGGAAGAGCCAGGUCCACUAGCCAAAGGACCAGGUCAAACUCAGACUCUGGGAUACAGUCCACGAGGCUGCGAGCCAAAGAUGAAUUCUGAGCAUGUUGGACAUGCACAAGCCUUUCAGGUUUUGUAGCAGCUUGUGACAAGUGAAUGACUUGGGAGUUUUUGCCCUGUGCUAGGCAUUGUGGCAAUGCAGCUUUGCUUCUCCAUGUUGCACCACCAGAAAUCACCUCAGAAGGUGACUUGGGGGUCCUUGGACCAUGCCCGCCCAAGUUUGCCGGAGAAUCAUUUCGUCCCAACUGGGAUUCCUGUGAACCAGGAAUAAUCCAUGCUAAAACUCUCUCAUCUCAGCUAUAGCCUCUCAUCUCUACACAGGAGUAAUAGGACUGUUGUAAGGAUGCCUGAGAUAACGUGAGAAGUGCUUUGACCAUUCUGAAGUGCUAUAUAAAUGUUGAAUAUCAUU